GGAAAGUCCAAACAUUUGCAGUUUGCAUGAAGCUGAGCAUUGUACUCUUGACCACAACGAAGUUUAAACACUGCAUAUUCUGAAGAAUUCUCUAGCUUUUUCUAGCUACUGUGGUUCAGGCCUUCUUUAAAUAUUAAGAUGGGUGUAGCUGAGAUAAUAAUCUUUGGUGUCUUUAUCUUACAAGGUGUUUGGUGUGGAGAUUGGAGCGUCAGUCUUCCAGAGAGAACUGAAGCUCUGAGUGGAUCAUGUGUGACCAUAAACUGUAGAUUCGAUAUAAAAAACAACUUUGACAAGGAUCUUACUGACAGUGCUGUGGGAAAGUGGCUUAAAGACAAAGAUAAUAUAUUAGUAUUUGAUUCCAGCAAUUCUAACGGCAAGAUUAAAGGGAAAAUAACUGGAAAAUUAGGACACAAAGACUGUACCACCGUCUUUUAUGAUGUUACUUCAGAUCACAAAGGCACAUUUUACUUCAGAAUUGAGGGUAAUGGUGAUCUGAAAUAUACCUAUUACCAAAAAUAUGUUUCACUUGAUGUGAUCGAGUCUCCCUCCAACCCGACGGUAAAGAUGUUUAUGGGGCAGAUGGAGGUUCAGGAGGUGUUAGAGGGGAACGCUGUAAAUCUGCGCUGCUCUGCUAUCACUCUCUGCUCCUCUUCUCCACCAACUCUCACAUGGAGAUCCACUGACAGACUCCCUCUCAAUGAGAACAACAGACAGCAACAACAGAAUCAAACUGAGAUCAUCUCUGAUCUGAACUUCACUGCUUCUCAUCUUCAACAUGGAGUCACUUUCAUCUGCAAUAUAACCUACCAGCUACAGAACAGGAACGCAACAGCACAGAGCAACAUCACGUUACGUGUUCUGUAUGCUCCUAAAAACACAUCAGUAUCUGUGUUUCCAUCGGACUCUGUCCUGGAGGGCGCUUCAGUAUCUUUGACCUGCAGAAGUGAUGCAAAUCCAGCAGUGCUGAACUACACCUGGUUCAGAGAGAAUGGAGGACGGCUGGAGCAGCUACAGACUGGACAGAAUCUAACCGUCAAUGUGACUGAUCGAACACACACAGGUCGCUACUACUGCCGAGUGGGAAAUCAACAUGGUACACAAAACACAUCAGUGUUGCUGGACAUUCAGUAUGCUCCCCAAAUCUCAAAUUCUUCCAGUUUUACUCUUGGGGAUGUAAUAGUGUGUUCAUGUGAGGCUCAUGGGAAUCCCUCUCCUAAAGUGGAGUGGCAUCUAUCUGGACAUCCUGUCAGGAACUCCACAAACACAUUCAUCAAUGAGGAGCAAUUGAGCAGCACAUACAUGAGGAGCAUCAUCACUCUCCAUCCAUCACUCACAGACAAUUUGCAGUGUGUCGGCACCAACAGUCAUGGAACUACCAGUCAACAGUUUCGAAUGAGUCCUCAGGAGACUGAAUGGUUAAACGUCUACUCCCUGCUGGUUGGAUUUGCUGUUGGGGCUUUAGCUAUGGCGAUCCUGUGGGUCACAACACACAUAUACAAUAGAUUCUGCAAGACUGGACAAGAUGAUAAAACUGGACUCGUUCUAAAUUAUGAGGAUAGAGAUAAACAUGUUUAUGGCAAUCCAAUCGUGCUGUCACCUGCUGGAGACGCUACACCGAACGAUCCAGAAUCCCUCCAUUAUUCCACCAUUGACUUUACAAACACCCAAAUAAAGUCCGGAGAGAUCAGAUGUGUCUCCUCACCUACCACAGACUAUGCUGUGAUCCAACGUUAUGGUCAAAUGUCUUGAGGGGAGAUGCAGAUGUGAAGCAAGUUCGUUUACUCACUCUCUUGACACUUCAAACCUGUUUGACUUCCGCAGAACACAAAAGAAGAUAUUUUGAAGAAUGUUGGUCACCGGCAUCCAUUCACUUGCAUUGAUUUUGUGUCCAAAUAGAAGUGAAUGGGUGUGGCGCUGUUCGGUUACCAACUUACUUCGAAAUAUCUUCUUUUGUGUUCUGCGGAAGAAAGAAAGUCAUUCAGGUUUGAAAUGACAACUGUGAGUAAAUUAUGUAAAUUCGGGUGAACUAUCCCUUUAUUACACAUAAUAGACCAUAAUACAUCAUACUGUACAUUUUCCUUUAAGUUUGAAAAG